GGUUUAACUGCCCGGAAACGGAAGUCUCGUCCUUUUUCGUCCUUUUACUCGGACGCUGCUAGCUGUGAGUGUCUCUCUAGAGUGGUACGCGAGUGAGAAGGGUCUCGGUCCGCGCCAGCUCCCUGCGCGCCUCGUCGCCAUGCCUCGGAAAAUUGAGGAAAUCAAGGACUUUCUGCUCACAGCCCGACGAAAGGAUGCCAAAUCUGUCAAGAUCAAGAAAAAUAAGGACAAUGUGAAGUUUAAAGUUCGAUGCAGCAGAUACCUUUACACCCUGGUCAUCACUGACAAAGAGAAGGCAGAGAAACUGAAGCAGUCCCUGCCCCCUGGUUUGGCAGUGAAGGAACUGAAAUGAACCAGACACACUGAUUUGAACUGUAUUAAAAUACUAAAAAUCCUAA